AAUCGCCGCACCGGCCCGACCCAUCCAAAGGCGAAAAAGGCUCCCCCAGACGGCAGGAAACAGCAGCAGGCGAGGACUCUCCCUCCCCUCUCCCGUCUCCGAAUCCCCCGAGACGAAAAUCUCCAGCUCUUCGGCCCCCGCUAGGUUUCUGGGUGCGACUCGAUCCGAUUGGUGGACGGAGUCCUGAACCGAGUUUUGAAGUUGUGCCUGCCCCGCCGGAGUUUUCCUCUGCCCCGCAACCGAAUCGGCUGAAAAUUGAUGGGAUCGGGGGCACACUGGAAGGCUGUGUGAGAUAAGAGAGGGGGAACCGUGAAUUCCUAGGAGGGCUGCGGCGAUCCGGCUGCACGGCUGCAUGAACUGUUUCGUGAACCUGGGACUCAACUCGAACUCGAACCACUACGUCGCCUGCCUCCUCAUCUUCCUGCUGCAUUUCUCCCCUCAGUUGUUAAAUCCGUCCAAUCCUAAUUCAAGUAGUAAUCGUGAAGGAGAAGAACAGAGCUGCACAGAUGGCGAACAACAGUUCAUAUGGUGAAAAUGUUAGGAGAAAGUCACACACACCAUCUGCUAUUGUUAUUGGUGGUGGGUUUGCAGGGCUUGCUGCUGCUGAUGCGCUCAGAAAUGCAUCCUUCCAGGUUAUUCUCCUGGAAUCCCGUGAUAGGAUAGGUGGCAGAGUUCACACCGACUACUCUUUUGGGUUUCCUGUCGAUUUGGGAGCAUCUUGGCUUCAUGGUGUCUGUGAAGAAAAUCCCUUAGCACCAAUAAUUGGGAGGCUUGGACUGCCACUGUACCGCACGAGUGGAGAUGAUUCUGUUCUGUUUGAUCAUGAUUUGGAGAGUUAUGCACUCUACGACACUGAUGGGCAUCAAGUACCACAGGAGUUAGUACAAAAGAUUGGAAAGGUGUUUGAGGCCAUACUGGAAGAGACUGGCAAAUUGAGGGAAGAAACCAAUGGAGAUAUGUCUAUCGCAAAAGCCAUCUCAAUUGUUAUGGAUAGACAUCCGCACUUGAGGCAAGAAGGGAUUGCUCAUGAAGUUCUUCAGUGGUAUUUGUGCCGUAUGGAGGGUUGGUUUGCCACUGAUGCCGAUUCAAUCUCACUACAGGGUUGGGACCAGGAGGUGCUGCUUCCAGGUGGCCAUGGCCUCAUGGUUCGUGGAUAUCGUCCAGUUAUAAAUACUCUGGCAAAAGGCUUAGAUAUACGCCUCAACCAUAAGUAUGGAUGUCAUUUUCUUAUUCAUUUGCUAAGCAGCAGUUUUGUCUGCCAUUCCUUCAGUACUGAUCCUUCUAUUUUCUUUAGGGUUGUUGAAAUUGUUCGCCACAGGAACAGGGUAGAGGUUACUGUAAGCAGUGGCAAAACAUUUGUUGCUGAUGCUGCAGUAGUCGCUGUUCCAUUGGGUGUUCUGAAAGCAAACACUAUUAAAUUUGAGCCGAGACUGCCAGAGUGGAAGGAAGAAGCAGUUAGAGAACUUUCAGUUGGAAUUGAGAAUAAAAUUGUUCUUCACUUCAGCCAGGUUUUCUGGCCUAACGUGGAGUUCCUUGGGGUCGUUUCCUCAAGCACGUAUGGAUGCAGCUAUUUCCUUAACCUUCACAAGGCAACAGGCCACCCUGUUCUCGUUUACAUGCCUGCUGGCCGCCUUGCUCGUGAUAUCGAAAAGAUGUCUGAUGAGGCAGCUGCCCAAUUCGCCUUCUCCCAGUUGAAGAAGAUCCUUCCUAAUGCAGCUGAGCCGAUAAAUUACCUGGUGUCACACUGGGGCUCGGAUGAGAACACGCUUGGUUCCUACACGUUUGAUGGGGUGAAUAAACCCCGCGACCUGUACGAGAAGCUGCGCAUCCCUGUGGACAACCUGUUCUUCGCAGGGGAGGCUACAAGUGUCAAGUACACAGGCACAGUGCACGGCGCCUUCUCCACUGGUGUCAUGGCAGCUGAGGAGUGCAAGAUGCGGGUUCUGGAGCGGUUCAGGGAGCUGGACAUGCUGGAGAUGUGCCACCCUGCCAUGGGCGAGGACAGCCCUGUCUCUGUCCCGCUGCUCAUCUCUCGGCUCUAAGCGGAUCAGCAGUUGUUUAUGCGAUUAGCACCUGUGAGUACGUUGGGCAUCCCACUGAUUGCUCAAGGGAGGCAGUACAAGGAGAAAGAAACUCCUUGCUUCUCCUCUGCAUGAGGCAUGUGUCAACAUUACUUGUGCGGUGUGCCAUAUUAAACUAAGUGUGCGGGAACCCUUAUGUAUAUUGGGUUCUGAUCAAGUAACAGGAGAGUUAUCAGGCCGUCUUCGUAGAAGAUGUCUUAUUUAUGAUGAACACUGUAAUACACAUAUAACUGUUUGGAGUAUUAAGGGAUUGGUAUCUCUCUGCCGGUCUCGCCCAUUGUUGGCUCUGAGAAUAGAUAGGUUUGAACGUGCCAUUUUUGUUUCUCAUAA